AUGCUCGAGAGUGAGGAGAACUGGAGGGCCAUGACCUCCUUCUGCGAAGUCGUCCUGAUGCAGAAGGAGGAGGCGGAGCGGGUCCGAGAAUCUAACAUCAACUCGGACCAGAUGCGCCGCCGCCGCCUCGGGGUGAGAAGGAGGAGGUACGCCCCACCUCCUUCCGCCCACCUAGGAGGUCAGAGGGUGGACUGGUCGGGGGACCGUCCGCCCUGCUGUCACUGGCCUCCUGGAGGAAGGGCGCUCAAGUUUACCGGAGCGCCCUCACAUAGGGAGAGACCCGCCUUAGGAGCGGGUCGCUGUCGCCGGGGCUACGAGGUAGAAUGCGCAAGCGACCCCUUGUAG